ACACUGUAAGGUGUAAGGUAUGCUACGUAAACUUCCUCUGUCUUCUCUUUGGAAAAAUAUAAAUUUCUCACAAUGCUUUUAUCUGAGGGGAGUUUUGUUUUUGGAGGGUUUGAAGAAUAGGGCCAGGGAGUAGCUGACAUAGGGCUCAUGUGAAUGCGUCCCUGCAUUUGGGACCACAGGCACCUAAAGAAUCAUGCAGUACAAUGAAAGGAGAUUUGUAAACAUAUCAGAACCAGGGAAAAUGAUGGAGGGAGACACACACGGGUUUUUUAGGGCAAUUUUUAUUCUUGUGAAAAGAACCCCUGACCCCUGAACCAAGGAAAUGUUUCUGUGCUUAACUGCCCAGUGACCUGGCCCCUCAGCCUUGUGUGUGGCCUACUUCUCAAACCACCAUGAUCUCUCUGGAUCUUAACACUGAUGAACAUGAUUAACUAUGUUUCUGUACAAACAAGCACUACCUGGAAAAGUCACUGUGUAUCUGCUUCAAUUUCAGGACAGGAUUCCAUGGCUCUGCAACUUGCAUGACAUUUUACUAAGAGAUGUAGCCUCAGGACAGCAUGUGGUUCUAGCUUGGUCUGCUCUGAAGAAAAUGUACAGAGACAUCUUAAUACGAGGAAAAGAUGGUGCACCUCUGAAGUGUGAUGAGUCGGGGAAGGAAGAAAAGCUGGCUGAGGUGAAGCUCCUUGUGGUCCACCUGAGCGGGUCAUUUGAGGUCAUCUCUGGACGCUUACUCAAAAGAAAAGGCCAUUUUAUGCCCCCCGAGUUACUGCAGUCCCAGUUUGAUACUCUGGAGCCCCCAUCAGCUCCAGAAAAUUUCAUCCAGAUCAGUGUGGACAAAAAUCUUUCAGAGAUAAUUGCUACAAUUAUGGAAACUGUAAAAUGAAAUGAGAAUCCUUUCAUAUCAGUGGUCCAGGACAAAGUUAAGCAUAAAUCUCUAUCCCAUCCCAAACCGUGUUCCUGUAUCCUUGUCGAUACUGCAUUCUAAAUUCUUCUUAAGGUGAACAAACCACAGUGUGUU